AUGCCUAUCAUAUCGGCAGAUAUAUGCGCUGCCCCAAUAGAGGAACCGAAUGGCAGCUCAUGGAUGGAAGACAGGCUUGAUCGGUCCCAAAAUCUCAAGCGAUUCACGAUAUUUAAUAAGCUUUUCCCGGAGCUUCGAUUGAAGAUUUGGUGUCAUUGUAUGCCACCGCCGGGUCGGGCAGUGUUCGACCAUAGUUUGGGGCCCCGGGUAUUGUGGGACCCUUCUAUGGGAUAUUAUGCGCUUUUCCAUCCGGAGGAGGAUGUUCUGACGCUGCCCGACAACUUUUUUGGGGGCCGAACACCCGUACUCUUCCAGGUCUGUCAAGAAUCAAGGUAUAUAGGGAAGAGGAGAAUCUUCCCUGUUACUGGGUUAAGGUUAUUCCAUGGCGGGAACAUAAGAUACCAGCCCACAUUCCAAAUGAGCAUCAUGGCCCAUCCCUUCAACUUCUUUAUAAAAACGCUAUGGUUCUCACCAAAGGACACAAUCGUGAUACCAAUCCGCUCCGCGGACGCGCUCCUAGAUAUACAGCUUGCCGCUGUACAGAUCGCUAGGACGUGGGAUGAAGAGGAAAACCCAUUAAUGGUCCGGAAGGUGCAGUUCUCACUUUUGAUUACCGACAUCAACAAACUCAACUCUAAGGUCGCUGGACACCUCACCAAAAUUUGCUCGCUGGUACGCGACUUGGGGCGUUCGGCGACUAUUUUCAUCGGCAUGGGAGCCGGCUUUGCCCACAGACGAGGUCGAUUCUACCUCAACGAUGACCAAGAAGAGUGGGUCUACAACGAAGACGGGACCUUCUGCAACCCGGACCUCCAGAAACAGCUAGAGCAUAAGCUGGCAGCGUCGCCCGGUAAAUGGGUCCUCUCUAAGGACUACGAUCCGUCCAACGUUUCCGCUCUGUCCGACGAGCUCGGCGGUCUCGACUCGAUCGCUGCGAGCAGUCCGGACAAAUCAUUUCUGGGAAUAGGGCGAAUAAACCUCCCAUGUCUGAGCAGGUGUGCAGUGAUCAGCCAUCAUAGCGCAUACAAGUACUGCCUCAAUUCCGAGAUUAUCGAGGCGCACUUCGCAAAAGUAAAUCCUCUGAUACGAUAUGUCGACCAAAUCAGAGACGGCUUGGUGGAGGAUAGAUAUACGGGUGGUUGGGAAAGGGGGGAGGCUUGGCGCCGUGGGCUGUCUUUUAAAAAGACAGGCCUGUACGGGGAGGAUAGCGAGAACGAUGUAUGGGGCGGUCUAUUAGAUGGUACCGAUCUAUGGAACGCUGGCAUAUGA